AAUUGUGUAGCUUAAACAUUUGUAACGUUGAAGAUGAUAACAUGGUACAGAAAAACAGGCGUUAUUAAUGUCGUACUAUGCACCGUGUGAUGCUGUAAACAAGAUUUUCACGGACAGAUCUGUGAAGAGAUCCACUGUUUUUGGGGUAGCUAAUGUUUACGAAAGCACAAAAUGCAAACGCUCCGGGAGGAACAGGGUCCCCCUCUUCCUCUGUCGUCUCUGCGUCUUUUUGUUCCGCCACUGCGGCUGGUGUGUGCAGCUCUGUGGCAGGUGAUCGAGCGGAGAGACAUCAUGGACUAUGGGCUGCUGGAGGAGUUUGCCACCACCGUGUUGGAAAUAGUCCCGGAGCUAAUGAGUUACAGAGAGAGGGUCCAACUCCUCCUGGGACUAAGAGCACGGCUGGUCCUAGAGUUAUGUCGCUGUGAUGAUGAGUUGUGUCGCCCUGACACCGUUCAGCCACACCUGAACAGGAUGAGGAGCUGUGUCUCCAAUCAUAAGGGAGAGGUUUCAGAUCCAAAUGUGGAAGCAUCAGAGGCAAGCUUCACGAAGCUGAUUGAAACCCUAAUGGAGGAGCCAACGGAGAGGGAACUCUUCUUCCAGAAUGUUUUUCCAGAGGAGUUUGGCCCCAAGUAUGACUCAACACUGCAGAUUCUGGUGUGGGAGUUCCUGUCCAGACUGGAGAAACUGCUUCCUACUCCAAACAUUAAACAGACUGCAUCGUGGCUCAACCUGGCCCCUGCUCUCUUAGAGGAGUGUGUGCAGUCUGUGGCUCACCCUGAGCCAUUACAGGCACUCCUCCAUCACCAUAAAAAUGGAAAACAGUUAGACACCAAUGCUCUAAGGUCCACUGGUGGUGACUACAUCCUCUCUUCACUGUCUUCCCCUUCCUCUGUGAAGGAAGAAAGUGCCUCUUACCAAGCUGGCCCAGAGAGACAGUCCUAUCCCACCAUGCAGGGAUAUCAAAGCCCUUUCCCCUGUGAUGAACCAGAGAUGAGCUGGGACUGCCGAAUGGCAGAUUGUAGGGUCUGGACUGUAAAGCCACCAGCUGGUUCUGCUUCUGUCGAGGUCAAAACUAUAGACGACGCCACUGAUAUAAUGGCUAAACGCAAGACGAUCGUCAAAGAGUCAAUCAAAGAGACUAGGAGAGAAGAAGCUGUUCUCUGCCCUCAGACACGCAGCGGGCUGAAAACCAGCCGCUUGACAGCUGCCUGUCUGCGCCGUCAGCCUGUACUGCGUUUGAACAGGCUUGACAUGAACAAUAUGCCGUUCCCCAAGUCCUUGCUAACACUGAUUCUAAGGAGGGGGAGACUGCAGGCUGAGGCGACGAGACGCCCAGGACCGAAAAGAAGAGGCAGAAAGAAAAAACGGAGACGAGGACGUGGCGUUGCAAACGAGCAGAUUGAAACAGACACACUGGACGUAAGCGAUACGCCGCCACCCAAGUCAUCACUAACACUGACCCUAAAGAGAGGGAUAGUGCAGGCUGAGGCGACGAGUUCCCAGGUACCGAAAAAGAGAGGCAGAAAGAAAGGACAGAAAAUGGGACCUGGUAUCACAAGAUUAAAGAUCGAAAAGGUUGGAGUACAUACGCUUGACAUUAGCGAUAUGUCAUUGCCCAAGACCUCGCUAAAGCUGAUCAUAAGGAGAGGGAAGCUGCAGGCCGAGGCAACGGACAGAAAAGAUGGACAGAAAAGAAGAGGCAGAAAGAAAAAAUGGAGGAGAGGACGUGGUGUCAGAAAUGAGAAGACUGAAGCAAAGGGUGUGAAAAGAGAGCGGUCACCUGAAACGGAGGAAGAUGCCGAACCAUCAGAUAAUGAACUUUGGACCACUGUCAAUAAAGGGGCCACUGUCGAUGAGUCUGGUGGAGUCCGUCCUUCUCCUCAUUGUCCAUCAUCUCAUAAGAGGGAGGAGGAAUUGCAACAGCCCAUACAGAACUUUCACUCAGAGGAGCACAGUGGUCAUAUGGCCAAAGGGCAGAACAGAGAGGAACGGUCAGAGAGUGUACCUCAGGACUCUCUAACUCCUGAGCCAUCCAACAGCUCUCACAAAAGAAGCUUUCGCUCAGAGAAGCACAGAGGACAUAUGGCAGAAGGGCAGAACAGAAAAGAACGCUCAGAGAGUGUACCUCAGGACUCUCUAACUCCUGAGCCAUCCAACAGCUCUCACAAAAGAAGCCAACGCUCAGAGGAGCACAGAGGACAUAUGGCAGAAGGGCAGAACAGAAAAGAACGCUCAGAGAGUUUACCUCAGGACUCUCAAACUCCUGAGCCAUCCAACAGCUCUCACAAAAAAAGCCAACGCUCAGAGGAGCACAGAGGACAUAUGGCAGAAGGGCAGAACAGAAAAGAACGCUCAGAGAGUGUACCUCAGGACUCUCAAACUCCUGAGCCAUCCAACAGCUCUCACAAAAGAAGCCAACGCGUCAAAGCAUGCUCUUUCUGUGGCAAGACUUUCACUGACACACUGGGCUUGACAAGACACAUGCGAUCUCACAUUGAGCAGAUGUCACAUCAAUGCACCCAGUGUGGGCAAGACUUUGAAUUCAGUGAGGACUUAGAGGAACACCAGAAUCAUGGCUGUGAGAUGAACAAAAAGGAUAAUAGUGAGGAAAAUGGUGAUGACUACUGUGGGAGAACUGUACAGCAAAAACCUGAUCUGAAAAAAAAACCUGAUCUAAAAAGAGACAAAAAACCUGAUCUGAAAGGAGCCAAAAAAACUGAUCUGAAAGGAGGCAAAAAAACUGAUCUGAAAGGAGACAAAAAAACUGAUCUGAAAGGAGACAAAAAAACUGAUCUGAAAGGAGACAAAAAACCUGAUCUGGAAGGAGACAAAAAACCUGAUCUGGAAGGAGACAAAAAACCUGAUCUGGAAGGAGACAAAAAAACUGAUCUGGAAGGAGACAAAAAAACUGAUCUGGAAGGAGACAAAAAACCUGAUCUGGAAGGAGACAAAAAACCUGAUCUGGAAGGAGACAAAAAAUCUGAUCUGGAAGGAGACAAAAAAUCUGAUCUGGAAGGAGACAAAAAACCUGAUCUGAAAGGAGACCAAAAACCUGAUCUGGAAGGAGACAAAAAACCUGAUCAGGAAGGAGACAAAAAACCUGAUCUGAAAGGAGACACGCAAGACUGCUCCAUAAAGUGCCAUGUGUGCGGGAAAAUAACUACUCGUAUGCUGGGUUUGCGAAGGCACCUUCUAAUUCACUUCAACAAUGGAGCAUACAAGUGCUCUGCGUGUCCAAAGACUUUUAUAUCAAAUGCUGAUUUGAGAUCGCACCUGAGAUCAAAAAGAUCUUGCAGGGAGAAAUGUUCUGAUGAAGUAAUUACUACCGGGCUCCACGUCAAAUCUGUUCCUGGUGAGUACAACUGUCCUUACUGUGGGGACACUUUCCAGCUCCCAGAUGAUCUGAGAGGACACACAAAAGACUGUUCCAGAAAGUGCCAUGUGUGUGGGAAAACUACUGCUCGAAUGCUGGAUAUGCGAAGGCACAUGUUAAAGCACAACAACAAUGGCCCGUACAAGUGCCCGGUGUGUCCAAGGACUUUUAUAUCCCAUACUGAUUUGAAGAUGCACCUAAAAACAAAAAAACUUUGUCGGGAGAAAUGUUCUGAUGUAAUGAUGAAUGAAUUACUCUCUUCAGCAGAUGGUAAAUGUAGGGAAAAUGUCAAUGAAGCAGGAGUCGUGACAAGGUGCCAACAACCAAGCUCUAACAACACAGCCAGGCCUUUGAAGAGCAUUGAAGAGUUCUUUGAAGAAUUCUCUCAUGACUUGCAGCAGUCCGAUAACAGCAUAAGUAGUGAAGUGAACCUGAAUAGCCUGAAUAGCCUCGACGAAGACUACAGUGACGAGAUCAGUCAAUACCAACCCAUGAAGGAUGUUGACCUGAAUUGCCUCCACGAAGACUCCAUCAUGACCACUGAAGACUACAGUGACGAGAUCAGUCAAUACCCACCCGUUAAGGACGUUGACUUGAAUACCCUCCAUGAAGACUACAGUCAGGCUGAGAUCAGUCAAUACCAACCCGUUAAGGACGUUGACCCAGUGGAGGACAGAAGGUCUGUGGAUGAUUCAGGGGGAAAUGAGAUGGCCAAUGACAAAGAACCAAACUCAACCGAAUGCUUAACAGAGGAGCAAGUGUCCCACACUGAGGCAUGCCCUCUCCAGGAUUCUCAAUCAGAGACGAGCGGAGAAGUGAAGAACGAGAUACAGAGAGGGAAACUGCAGGCUGAGGCAACGGGUUCCCAAGGACAGAAAAGAAGAGGCAGAAAGAGGAAAGAGAGAAGAGGACGUGGUGUCAGAAAUGAGAAGACCGAGGCAAAGGGUGUGAAAAGAGAGCACUCACCUGAGACUGAGGAAGAUGCUGAACCAUCAUAUAAAGAACUUUGGACCUCUGUCAAUGAAAGGACCUCUGUCAAUGAUUCUGGUGGAGUCCGUCCUUCUCCUCAGUGUCCAUCAUCUCAUAAAAAUGAGGAGGAAUUCCAACAGCCCAUACAGAACUUUCACUCAGAGGAGCACAGUGGUCAUAUGGCAGAAGGGCAGAACAGAAAAGAACGCUCAGAGAGUGUACCUCAGGACUCUCUAACUCCUGAGGCAUCCAACAGCUCUCACAAAAGAAGCCAACGCAUCAAAGCAUGCUCUUUCUGUGGCAAGACUUUCACUGACACACUGGGCUUGACAAGACACAUGCGAUCUCACAUUGAGCAGAUGUCACAUCAAUGCACCCAGUGUGGGCAAGACUUUGAAUUCAGUGAGGACUUAGAGGAACACCAGAAGAGUAGCUGUGAGGAGAAGAAGACUGAGGGUGGAGGGAACAAUAACGAGAACGGCGAGGACAAUGGGGAUGACUACUGUGGAGAAAGUGUCCAGCAAAAAACUGAAUUGAAAAAAAAUAGUGAUCUGCAAGGAGACCUAAAACAACAUGUGAAAGGAGACACGCAAGACUGCUCCAUAAAGUGCCAUGUGUGCGGGAAAAUAACUACUCGUAUGCUGGGUUUGCGAAGGCACCUUCUACUUCACUUCAACGAUGGAGCAUACAAGUGCUCUGCGUGUCCAAAGACUUUCAUAUCAAAUGCUGAUUUGAGAUCGCACCUGAGAUCAAAAAGAUCUUGCAGGGAGAAAUGUUCUGAUGAAGUAAUUACUACCGGGCUCCACCUCAAAUCUGUCCCUGGUGAGUACAAGUGUCCUUACUGUGGGGACACUUUCCAGCUCCCACAUGAUCAGAAAGGGCACACAAAAGACUGUUCCAGAAAGUGCCAUGUGUGUGGGAAAACUACUGCUCGAAUGCUGGAUAUGCGAAGGCACAUGUUAAAGCACAACAACAAUGGCCCCAUCAAGUGCCCGGUGUGUCCAAGGACGUUUAUAUUUCAUACUGAUUUGAAGACGCACCUGAAAAUAAAAAUACUUUGUCGGCAGAAAUGUUCUGAUGUGAUGGCGAAGGAGUUACUGUCUUCCGUAGAUGGUAGAUCUAGUAGUUUUUUUGAAACAGGUGUCAUGACAAGGUGCCAACAACCAAGCUCGAGCAACACAGGUGGGCCUUCAAGGAUCGGGCCUGUGUUGGGCUUGAAGAGCUUUGAAGAGUUCUUUGAAGAGCUCUCUCAUGACUCCGAUAUCAGCAUGAGCAGCAAUGUUAACCUGAAUAGCCUCCAUGAAGACUACAGUCAGGAGGUCAGUCAAUGCCAACCCAUGAAGGAGAUUGAUCAAUCCAACCCGGGUGAAUACAAGUGUCCUCACUGUGGGGACACUUUCCAGUUCCCACAUGAUCUGAAAGGACACACAAAAGACUGUUCCAGAAAGUGCCAUGUUUGUGGGAAAACAACUUCGAAGACAUGUGACAUGCGAAGGCACAUGUUAAAACACUACGAUGGCCCCAUCAAGUGCCCGGUGUGUCCGAAGAGUUUUAUGUUCCAUACUGAUUUGAAGAAGCACCUGAAAACGAAAAGACUUUGUAGGGAGAAAUGUUCUGAUGUGUUGGUAAAGGAACUACUGUCAACAGUCGAUGGUAGAUGUAGGAAAAACGUCAGUGAAACAGGAGUCAUGGCAAGGUGCCAACAAUCAAACAGUUUGAAGAGCUAUGAAGAGUUUUUUGAAGAGCUCCCUCGUGACUCAGAUAAGAGCAUGAGUAGUGGUGUGAACCUCUAUAGCCUCCACGAAGACUACAGUGAUGAGAUCAGUCAAUACCAACCCAUGAAGGAUGUUGACCUGAAUAGCCUCCGCGAAGACUACUGUGAUGAGAUCAGUCAAUGCCAACACAUUAAGGACAUUGACGCAGAUGAGGACGAUAAGUCUUUGGAAGAUUCAGGGGGGAAUGAGAUGCCCAAUUGUCACACCCUGGACGAGAGGGCCUGUGACUCAACUCAGUCAGUAUCAUAGAUCAGACGACACCACCCUAUGUUUACACUAAGAAUAGGGAGCUCUGAAGAACAGUUCUACCAUUAGACAACACCGGUUCUUUUAGUUUGGGUUUAAGUAGAAGAACAUGGAAGAGUGGUCAAUCUCAGUUUCCGUGAACCACAUUAGCGUAAGCUUUUGUUCGGCACAAGAUGGAGGAUACACCCUAAAACAAGUAACACCAUCACAUAACAAAAACAGGUGUUAGUUCAGGUGGAAGUAAAGCAUUGCAACAAGGUGAUACUUCUCUUAGUAAAACCAAAGCUUCCCGAAGGAGCUCUGCCAAAGCUUCAACGCAAACACAGCUUCCCUCGCACCUGCACCUCCCCCAAGGCGGCCACACCCCAAACAGAAAGGGUUAUAAUGGGGCGGGGAAACACAGGGAGACAUCUUUCAUUUAAUCACGGAGUUAACAAAUACUAAAUUAGGAGCACCUGGGCCAAAGCAUGCACAGUAUAGGGCAUUCGUCACACCUGUGACACAAUGACAAAGAACCAAACUCGACCAAAGGCUUAACAGGGAAACACUGACCCAAGCACUCUCCAGGAUUCAAUCUGAGAGAAGAAUGAGAUACAGGUGAUACCAACCUGGUCUCAGUAUUUCGUAUUAUUCUUUAUGUAAAUUCGAUACACCCCAUAUGUUACAUUUCGAAUGGUAUUUACAGUUGAAGUCGGAAGUUUACAUACACUUAGGUUGCAGUCAUUAAAACUAGUUUUUCAACCACUCCAUAAUUUCUUGUUAACAAACUAUAGUUUUGGCAAGUAGGUUA